AUUGCUUAGCAUCAUAUGGAGGAAUUAUAAAUAGAUUAAAAAAGAGAGGAAUCAAAAGGCAUUCUCCAGCAGUUUAUUAGACGCCGCCACCGCCGCUUCCGUCAGAUAGUGCGUGUAUGACCUACUUGAACUCCGGCAAGAGUUAGGAAUGACGUGGCAAUGGAAAAACAAGUGAUUUUGUGCCUGAUUUUAAUAAACGCCGCAAUUGCAUUCGGCUUGUCCCUGCAGGAGGAGCAGCAGGAGGAAUACCUGCUGCCCACAGUGCUGGUCACACUCCUAGUUCGGAAUAAGGCGCAUGUUUUACCCAUGUUCCUCAGUUAUUUGGCCCAACUUGACUAUCCCAAAGAUCGUAUAGCCAUUUGGGUGCGUUGUGAUCACAGCAGUGACAAUAGCAUUGAAAUCCUACAGGAAUGGCUGGAACAUACUGCUGAUUUUUAUCACAGUGUCAACUAUGCCCUUGAUAAUGAUGAAACCAAAGGACAAAGCCAUCAUAACGAAACCUCCCCGUACGAUUGGCCGGUGUCACGUUUCAAGCAUGUGAUUGCACUGAAAGAGGAAGCUUUUGAGUAUGCUCGUGAUAUUUGGGCUGAUUUUGUAUUUUUCCUGGAUUCCGAUGUCAUGUUGACAGAGAAGCAAACUUUAAAAUCUCUGAUUGGACUGCGUCUGCCAAUAGUGGCACCCAUGCUGCUGUCCGAGGGUUUGUACUCCAAUUUUUGGUGUGGCAUGACCGAGGAUUAUUACUAUCAGCGUACGGACGAAUACAAGGAAAUCUAUCAAGUUAAAAAACUGGGCGUCUUUCAAGUCCCCAUGAUACACACAGCCGUGAUGGUGGACAUGAAUUACAAAAGGACACGAAAUCUGACUUUUGAUAGAGUACGCUUGCAGGAAAUGCAGAAAAAUCGUGGCCAGAGUCCCAUCUAUGAAGGACCUGCAGAUGAUAUUAUUGUGUUUGCUAUUUCAGCGAAUAGUUCUGGCAUUCCAUUGCAUGUGAGCAACGAGCUGGCCUUUGGUUAUGUCCUACAGCCAUUGGAACCGAGUGAUACGCUCGAACAAGAUUUACUCCAGAUAAUUAAUAUUCGAGCCAAUAUGGUUAAUGAUUUGGGCGCUGUUCCACCGCUUUUGGAUUAUUUCCAAGAAUCGGUUCAGCUGCCAGAGAAAAGUAAAUUAACUCUGGAUCACAUAUACAUGAUCAAUCUUGAUAGACGUCCCGAACGUCGUCAGAAAAUGGAAAAUCUCUUCGACGAGCUGGGACUGAAUGUGGAGCAUUUUUCGGCUGUGGAUGGCAAACAGUUGAACUCGGAACGACUCCAGGAGAUGGGAAUACAAUUUCUCUCCGGGUAUGAGGAUCCCUAUCAUCAUCGUGCCAUGACCAUGGGAGAGAUUGGCUGUUUUCUCAGUCACUACAACAUUUGGAAACAGAUGUUGGAGCUAAAUCAGAAGGAGGUUCUGAUUCUGGAAGAUGAUAUACGCUUCGAACCCUAUUUCACAGGCAAUGCCUUACGUGUCAUCAAUCAGGCCAGAAAUGCAGUGGAAUACGAUCUAAUAUACUUUGGACGAAAGCGUUUGAAGGAGGAGACCGAACCUUGGGUGGAAGGAGCAGAUAGCCUCGUGCAUGUUGGCUACUCAUAUUGGACUCUGGGCUAUGUCAUAUCUUUGGAAGGUGCACGCAAGCUGUUGGCCGCCAAUCCAUUGAAAAAACUGAUACCAGUUGAUGAGUUUUUACCCCUGAUGUUUGAUCGUCAUCCAAAUAAGACUUGGAGCUCGGCGUUUGAAGAGCGUAAUCUUAUUGCCUUAAGUGCUGCUCCACUCUUACUUUAUCCAAUUCACUAUACUGGCGAAACGGGUUAUAUAUCCGAUACUGAGGACUCGCAGCAAAUUAAUGUGGAGUCUGCUACCACAACGUGUGACAGCGAGCCACGUCUGAAGAGCGAUCGCGAACACAUUUUCAUUAGCCAAGACGAUAACCACGUGUUGGAUCAAUUGUCCUCUAUGGUAAUUGCCAAGAGCCACCAAGAGCUCUAAAUGAAUUAACUCCAAUAUACAUAAUGCCAAAUCGAUUUAGACUUAAACUAAGUUAAAUUCUAAUCCAUCAACAUGCCAAAUGUGCCUUAUCAAAGUUAGGCUUAGUUUAAACUUUUUCUACGCCAAAACCACCAAAUCCAAAAAUGCAACGAAUGAUCAAACUAGUUAAUAAGAUCCUCUUGAAUCUCUCCCCAUUUUAACUUUUAUCUGACAUUUAUCAUUAUGGAUAACAAAUUCCUUAAAAUUCUACAAAUUUCCUCAACUUUUACUGACAAUUCCAGUAACAUUCUAAGACUAUAAUUCCAAUAAAUUGAAUUAAAUAAAAUACAAAUUUAUAUACCUUAAUUAAACAGGCCACUAAUCUCUGAAUCUGUGGUUGUUAAAACAAA